UAUCCGCACGCAUGCGCAAACGGAUCACGGCGCAUAGUUCUCCAUCUGUUCGGGCGGUGACACGAAGUUAGCAUCCAACAUUUAGCAUUGCUAAAGUUUGUCAGUGUGCUCGCUACAAGACAUCAACAUGUUGAAAGAGUUGGUAAAAGAGCGACUAAUGGCGGCAGCCGAUGAAAUAUUCGCGCUGUUUGAAAGCACGAUAACGUCGUACGAGGAGGAACUUUCUCGAACGAGAGAGGAGAAGGAGCAACAUCGACAACAACUGGAAGCUGUUCGACAAACUCAAGUUGUGUUACACGUUGAAGAAGUGCAGCAGCUCAUUGGUCAAGAAGAACGUCCCCCAGCGCCACAAGAGGAAAGCUCUAAUUUGAAGCAGGAGGAGCCACAGCCCCCCGAUCCUGAAGAGGAAGGGGAGGGAGAUUUGAUCAGUCAGUCAGGAGAAGAGUGUCUUCUAGGGCCGCAGGAGGCCGAUCUCACUACGUUGCCUCUGACUGGUGACUCUGUGAAGUCUGAAGACCAUGAAGACAAACCACAAGUUGACAACUUCUUACUUUCUCUAUCAGAUAGUGACGACGUAACAUCACACUCUGCCGAUGAUAAAGACGAGGACUACACCCAAGAACCUUUGAGCAGCGAUACAGACUGUGAGGAUGGUAUGAGGACUCGGACUAAUAAAAGGAAAUCUGCAAGACGCAAGAGAACACGCGCAGGAGGAAAAUCUUACUUCUGUUCAGUUUGCGUCAAAACAUUUUCUAAAAAGUCCACAUUAACUGUACACAUGAGAACACACACAGGAGAAAAAUCUUACAGUUGCUCUGUUUGUGGUGCUAAAUUUUCUGUUAAGUCCACAUUGACCGCACACAUGAGAACACACACAGGAGAAAAACCUUUCAAGUGCUCAGUUUGCAGCGAUAAAUUUUCUGUAAAGUCCACAUUGACUUCACACAUGAGAACGCACACGGGAGAAAAACCUUUCAUUUGCUCAGUUUGCUGCAAAAAGUUUUCUCAUAGACCCGCGUUAACCGCACACAUGAGGUCGCACACAGGCGAAAAACCUUUCACUUGCUCAGUUUGCGGCGGUACAUUUUCUCGGAAGCACACGUUGACUGCACACAUGAGAACGCACACCGGGGAAAGACCUUUCGUUUGCUCAGUUUGCUGCAGUAGUUUUUCUCAUAAGCCAACGUUGACUUUACACAUGAGAACACACACAGGAGAAAAGCCUUUUAUCUGUUCAGUUUGUGGCGACACAUUUUCCAGAAGGGACAAACUGAAAUUACACAUUAGAACACACACAGGAGAAAAACCUCAUACUUGCUUAAUUUGUGGCGAUACAUUUUCCAGGAAAGACCACCUGAAAACACACAUGAGAAAACACAAAUGAUGACAACUUUUUAGUUGGGCAGUUUUGUGAUCAAGGUUACUAUGCAAAGUUGACAGCACACAUUCCUGUCUAGUUUGUGCUACACGAUUGUCAAGUUGUGGGCUUGGAAAGUCUCGUGUGAGAAUUAGUAAUCUUAGUAGUAGUUUAUUUCUGACAUGUUUCCGUCACUUAGAUAGUGAUGAUUUGUUGUAUGUAUAAUACCAGGUUCCCUAAUGAGUUCCAGGUUAGAGUGCCACUGAGAACAGCAGCUACUAGGGCUGCGAAUCUUUGGGUGUCCCACGAUUCGAUUUAAAACCGAUUCUUGGGGUCACGAUUCGAAUAAAAAAAAAAAAACUUUUUUCAAUUCAACACGAUACUCAAUUUAAAAAGGUUUUUUUUACUGAUUUUAAAGGAUUCUCUAUUCAUUCAAUACAUAGGAUUUCAGCAGGAUCUACCCCAGUCUGCUGACAUGCAAGUAGAGUAGUAGAUUUUUUUAAAAAGUUUUUAUAAUUGUAAAGGACAAUGUUUUAUCAACUGAUUGCAAUAAUGUUAAUUUGUUUUAACUGUUAAACGAACCAAAAAUAUGAGUUAUUUUGUCUUUGUGUAAACAUUGGACACAGUGUGUUGUCAAGCUUAUGAGAUGCGAUGCAAGUGUAAGCCACUAUUGUUCUUUUUUUAAAACUUUUAUAAAUGUCUAAUGAUAAUGUCAAUAAGGGAUUUUUUAUCACUGCUAUGUUGAAAUUAUAACUAAUGAUUAUAAUCAUUUUUGUUUCACUACUUUUGGUUUGUUCUGUGUCGUGUUUGUGUCUUCUCUCAAUUGCUCUGUUUAUUUCAGUUCUGAGUGUUGCUGGGUCAGGUUUGGUUUUGGAAUUGGAUUGCAUUUUUAUGGUAUUGCUGUGUAUUGUUUUGUUGGAUUGAUAUAAAAUAAAAUUAAAAUUAAAAUCGAUUUUUUUUAAACAUGAGAAUAGAUUCUGAAUCGCACAACGUGAGAAUCGCGAUUCAAAUUCAAAUCGAUUUUUUUCCCACACCCCUAGCUACUACAUUAUUUUAUAUCGACUCUGAAGCAAAUAGGAAGUGUUGACUAAUAAGCUCAGACAGUUGAUUGUUUGAGGACAACAUGGAUAGAGUUUUCCCUCACAUUAAGAGUGUCUGGUAAAUUAUCUGUCUUUAUGACGACACCAACCUAUACUUCAUUCUUUAUUCGCAGAACAUUUAUCAUGUUAUCUUACUCACUCAUUCCUUCUUUCCCUUCUGGAACACUCUGUUAUUUCUGCCUGCCACUGAUGUGUUUGUGUGAAGUCUGAUACAUUAAACAUUAUGCAACAUG